GCACACCUUUCAAGAAUUUAAACUGAGGCGUUCAACGAAUUUUUUGUAGAGAGAGGUCUUCAUCAAUUGAUUUAUCGAGGUCUUCGAUUGAUUUAUCAUAAAUCAUCAAUCUGGAAUUUGUAUCUUCCACACCAAUCGUCUUCAGUUCCGAUUGAACGAUAAUGAUAUAAAAGGAAAGGAAAUAUGAGCGAUCUGAAAAACGAGGUUGCUCACUCAGCUUGAACCUCUUCUUCUCUUUCUCUCAUUCAUCAAUCAUUACCCAUGCUACACUGAUUCAUCAUCUUACAACCCAGUUGAGUGAACUCGAAUAACAAUGGGAGGCUUUGCUACUAUUGGUUCUGCAUUUGAUUCUAAAUCUGGCCAAAUCAUAAUGGCUUCUUUACUUCUCAUGAUUGUUUCCUUUUAUCUCGGUACUCUUUUUGGUAACAAUACUCCUCUUUACAUCUCUCACCUUCCCUCUCCUUCUUCAUUCAACAACAACACUCCCUCUUCUAACGGAACUUCCCGAUUUAGUAACAAAGUUGCUCUCACUUACCGCAAAACUCCCUUGGCAAUUCCUGACACUGGGGUAGAUAUAUGUCCCUUGAGGUUUAAUGAGUAUAUCCCUUGUCACGAUGUUUCUUACAUUGCAACAUUGAUGUCUCAUCUUGAUGUUUCUAGAAAACAAGAACUGGAGAGACACUGUCCUCCACUCGAAAACCGUUUGUUUUGUUUGGUUCCGCCGCCUAAGGAUUAUAAAAUACCUAUCAGAUGGCCUCUUAGUAGGGAUUAUGUUUGGAGGAGUAAUGUGAAUCAUACACAUCUUGCUGAUGUCAAAGGAGGCCAAAAUUGGGUCCAUCCAAAGGAUCAUCUAUGGUGGUUUCCUGGUGGUGGUACUCAUUUCAAGAAUGGGGCAUCUGAGUACAUACAGAGGAUAGGAAAUAUGAUUACAAAUGAGACUGGUGAUUUACGUUCUGCGGGCAUAGUUCAAGUUCUGGAUCUUGGCUGUGGUGUGGCCAGCUUUUCAGCGUAUCUUCUUCCAUUGGAUAUUCGAACUAUGUCUUUUGCUCCCAAGGAUGGUCAUGAAAACCAGAUUCAAUUUGCAUUAGAGCGAGGAAUUGGUGCAAUGAUCUCUGCCAUGUCCACAAAACAACUGCCAUUUCCUUCAGGGUCAUUUGAAAUGAUUCACUGUUCAAGAUGCCGUAUAGACUUCCAUGAAAAUGAUGGGAUUUUGCUGAAGGAAUUGGAUCGUCUUCUUCGCUCAAAUGGUUAUUUUGUUUAUUCAGCACCACCUGCUUACAGAAAAGAUAAAGAUUUUCCUGCCAUUUGGGAUAAGUUGGUGAACUUGACUACAGCAAUGUGUUGGAGACUCAUUGCUCGUAAAGUUCAGACUGCAAUAUGGAUUAAAGAAAAUAAUCAGCCCUCCUGCCUUCUGCAGAAUGCAGAACAAAAGCUUAUAAAUGUCUGUGAUGUGGAUGAUGAGUCUAAACCUUCAUGGAAUAUCCCACUUAAGAACUGUAUACAAGUCAGAAGUGCUAAUGCGGAAUCUUACAAGCUACCCCCAAGUCACGAGCGCCUUUCAGUGUUUUCUGAAAAGUUGAACAAGAUAGGUAUACAUCGAGAUGAAUUUACAUCAGAUUCUAUCUUCUGGCAAGAUCAAACUCGUCAUUAUUGGAGACUGAUGAAUGUCAAGGAAACAGAAAUACGCAACGUGAUGGAUAUGAAUGCCUUUUAUGGUGGAUUUGCCGUUGCAUUGAACAACUUUCCUGUUUGGGUAAUGAAUGUAGUUCCUGCAAGCAUGAAGAACACCUUGUCUGGAAUUUAUGACCGGGGUUUGAUUGGAACUUUUCAUGAUUGGUGUGAGCCAUUUUCAAGUUAUCCUCGUACAUAUGAUCUUUUACAUGCCAACUACCUCUUUUCCCAGUACACAAACCUAGGGCUAGGUUGUAUAUUAGAGGAUAUCAUGCUGGAGAUGGAUCGUCUUGCACGGCCACUGGGAUUUUUUAUCAUUAGGGAUGAGGAACAUAUUAUAUCAAGAAUCAACGAUUUAGCCCCAAAAUUCCUUUGGGAUGUAGAGUCACAUUUGCUAGAGAACAAAGACAAGAAGAUGGAAACUGUUUUAAUUUGUAGAAAAAAGUUUUGGGCAAUCCUCUAAGAUGAAGCUUUUUUACACGUGAGAAUUAUUUUUAACCACACGGAUAACUUGUAAUGUUAUAGUUCUUCUGUAUCAGCUUUGUUCAUUGUUAAAUGAUACAUGUCUAUGAGGCACUCAAACUGUACAUCACUUUCAGUUUUGUAAGUAGGAAUAGAAGUUUAAUGUCCUUGCAUGAUUUAGUCUUUGUUUUACUUCGUAGUGCAUACAUAUUCUGAAGAUAUAAAUAAAAAAUCAUUUUAAGGCUUCA